AUGAAGCGCCUAUUUUUAGUGCUUGGCACUGUGAGUGGCCUGUCCUCCAAGGGGCGGGAGCUGCCACCAGAUCCCGCCAAAGUCGCUCUGCCCGCGGUGCCCGCGGUCCGAAAUGCUUCAGACUUACGUAUGCCAGAACUUCCUUCGCUGGAUGACAUCAUGAGCCCGACUUCCCAAACCAUGUUUGGCAUCAGCUCGGAGGCCAAACAGCUCGAGGCGAAGAUGCUCAAGAUAGAGCAUGAAAACAGCUUGCGCCUUCAGCGGCAGAAGGCAGUCUUCGACCGAAAGCUGAAGGAGCAGGAAGCCAAGAACCAGGGUGUGGCGAAGGAGAAUGCUGAUCUGGCCAAGACCAUUAUGCAGCUGAAGAAAAACAACGAGGCCACGUUCGCCAAGUCCAAGACACUACGUGAGGCCAUAUCAUUGCGAAGAGCGGAGGUCAAGAACAUGCAGGAGCUUGCAAACCGGUGUGGGGAGCAUGCUGCGCAUGCCAGCACGACCCUGCUGUCCAACGAUUCUCCCGCAGAGGAGCAGCUUGCUGCCGUGCAGCAGUACUUGGUAGACACCUUGUCAGAUGCCGACGAAAGCAAGGCACCAGAACUUGCCAUUCUGGAUGAGGAGGAGAAAGCCGAAGCCGCGGAAGCACAGGCGGUUGCCGUGAAGAAGAAGGCUGCUUCGGCCAUAGCCAUCGCCGAGCAGCGAGCCAAGAAGGACGAGGCAGAGGAACCCAGCCUCUCCUUUCUUCAGGUGGAGGAGGAGCCUGAUGAAGCGGCUGCUUUGGACAAGGAGGCAGAUCUUGGAGAGCCAGAGAACCUGCUUGGUGUCCUCUCGGACGGGGUGAAGAACAUGAAAAAGCAGGGAGAGGUGACUUCAAACCACUUGAAGUCGCUCUUCUUGUCCAGCUUGCAAGACGGCGUGAAGCGUCGAAAGGCACUGAAGGCACAGCAGAAGGUGUUGCAGCAGACGCUUACCAGCAUGAAGUCGUACGAGGCACGGCUUGGAAGAGCCGAGGACCGCUUGACGGUCACCAAGCAGACAUUGGACAAGCACCUCCAUGACGCGGGACUUUUCCUGAAAAAGCUGUCGUGA